GUUAGACUAUUGCCUACUAUCGGUUAGGAACAACAUGAUCUCCAAAAAUAUAACGUAGUAAUGAGCUCCAGAAGGUUUACGUAGAUAGGUGCGUUUUUCCCAAAAGUGAGUUUUUUGAGAUCGAACCGCAAGUGAGUCACACUGCGAGGAGACUCCCAUAGACAGAAGUUGCAAACAUAAGGUGCCAGACCGGUGCCAGUUUGGCUGAUUGCAAGUAUGUCUUUAUCAUCGAUUCGGUGACGACUAUUAGUUUCGUAAACUUAAUGGAUUUAAUAAAUAUCUUUAACAUUAAAUGUGAUCGUGUCAUGUUGGGUAAAAUUCUUCCAUCUGUGCUGUCUGUGCAUCCACCUUUUCAAAUACAAUUAAGAAAUUUUCAUAAUAAUUGUAUUUGAUAAGGUAUUGGCAUCAUUUUGACGUGAGCAAAAAUUAAAAAAAUAUAAAGUAAUCGGAAUUAUUUUAAAUUCGCGCCAUUUUUAGUACGUGAUGAUGCGGCUAGAUGGCUUCAGCUAGGAAUUCAUUGCCAACCAUUAUGUUCCGCUUCUAUAAAAGUGUUAUUCUAGGAGUUAGACUAAAAAAAAGUUAGAUUGGUGUAUUUCUUACGCGUAUAAAGUGAUCCUGUGUAUUUAAUGGUGCAAACAUGUUGAAAAUACGUGCUUUAAACCGGGAGUCGUCUUCGGACGAAGACGUCCCGGUGAUUAGAAGAGAGGCUCAAGAGGAAAUAGCCCUAGAGCUGUACAAUAAAGCGUUACGUUUGCAGUCUACUGAGGACUAUUCAGAAGCUGAAGAAAUUCUUCUAAAUCUAAUCAAUGAAAAUAUCCCGCAACUUGAAAAUCACGGGGGUCUGCCCUCGUCAAUGUCGACUCUAAAAUACUCCUGUUAUGUCAAUAUAGGGAACAUUUAUCUCAAGAAAGGGAACCCUGACAAUGCACUUGACCACUAUUUAAACGCCUCUGAGUUGGACGCUACAGACGUUACACUUUGGCACAAAAUCGGCAAAUUGGCGAUUAAACAGAAUCGCUUUCGCCAGGCGGCUUACGCCUUCUCCAAAGGUCUUGAGUGCAGUGAGUCGCACUGGCCCUGUUUAGAUCAACUUAUUUCCGUUCUGUACGCAAUGAAGGACACUGUAGAAUGUCUGGUGUACAUAGGUAAAGCUCUUUGCUUGGACCCUGAUUACCCCAAAGGGUUGGUUUUGAGGAAACAGAUUUAUAAAGAUAAUCCGGCAACCCUAGCCUACUACCAAAAAUAUAAUCCUGACCAUAUUUGGGAGCCUCCUCUUGAUGUAAACGUUGAUGAAGAGGAUGAGAAAAUAAUCUUGGCCAAAGAGCAAAUUCUGUGUGAUCAAAUCACAGAAGUGGAAAAAUCUCUAGGGCCCAAGCCCUUACAAACAAUUCCGUUGCCUAAAGCCCUUGAUGAUUUCACUUGGGUGUCUUUUGGUAAAGUAGUCAUUGAACUCCACCAGUAUCUUACUGAUAACAACAUGAGCCAUUUUACAAUGGUUGAUAUUAACAAAUGUAUGAGUCAAAAUAACAAAGAUGUGGAGAUGGAGGAGCUCCCUAAGUUUGAAGUACCCACUGAGAAAAUAGUUGAGGAAAAUGUGCCAGAAAAAGUGGUGGAACCAGAAGUUGAGGAAGAAAAGGAGAAAGAGAAAAUGGAGGCGGAAAGUGUUAUUGAACGGAGACAGUCACAAAACAGCGAAAACAAUAAUGAACAAGAAAAUACGCCAAUACAAACAGACAAUGAUGAGGAACAAGCAAUGGAGCAAGACGGGGACGAUCAAGACGAAAACAACGACAGCAAAACAGACAAAAACCGCUCUUUAAACAAAAGUAAUAAGAGAAAACGAGACUUGCUAUCAGAUUUGCAAAUUUGGGGCUGGCACAGUAAGCGAAAGUAUGCCAAAAAGGGAAAGUCUGACAAAGAUUUUACGGUAGAGGAUGCUCUAAACCGAAUCAUUCCGAAAAAUUUACUAAAAAAUAAAAUCGGCGAUGAGAAAUACAACCAGUUUGAGGAUUCCAUGAAUACCAUCGAUAUUUACAACAUGUAUGUCGAAAAUCAGCACGUCAAUAUUCUAUCACCUAUACAUUCGCCGAAAUCCGUCAGUUUCGAGGAUUAUUUCGGGACUGAUCGCGAAACGGACGAUAUCUCAAACCUGUGGAACCAACCACGUGACUACUGUGAUGCUCUUGUUUUGAUCAAAGACUUCGUCAUUUCUUUAUCUAAAUUGUGGCACGUCAAGUGGCCCAAAGAGUUGGUCCAAAUGUACAUUGAAGCGUACAACAUGUUUCGAGAACAUUUCGAUCAUCCUCAGGCUUUUUCGGGUGAAUCGACCUUCAUAGAAUUGAGGGAUGAUGCGUUAGCUACGUUGCUUUACGGCGAAUUAAUUAAUUUUAGCUCUCCGAAAUCUGAGACUCGGACGAUUCAUGUAACUUCUUUAGCGUUUUUACAAAUCAUCAGUGGUUGGGAGGAAGACUGGCAGGAGGAGUUUCCGUCGGUUUUUUUGCGUGUUUAUUGGUUACGAGCCCACAUAUUUAGAAAGGAAGGGAGCAACGACUUGGCGAUUAGAGCCCUCGAAUUGAUUCAUGAAAUUAUGUUAGAAGAGGAGAAAAAACGCGACGAGAAAUAUUUCUUAUGUUUACCUAAUUGCUUCAAAUGUGGGUUAAUAAGCAACGAAGUCACGUCCAAAAUUCUAAAACAUUUAGACAUGAUAACGUCAUUAAAUUGCAUCGAGACUUUAUACAACAGUGAAAAAUACCGCGAAGUGGCCGAAAUUCUAAAACUCACAUUUAACAGCUCGGGGAAUCACCCGACUUGUGGCAAAAUGGGCCGACCGGCGCAGUUGGCCAUGCUAAUGCACUCCCUGUGGUUCACAGACCUGACUGAGUGUUUUGUCUGGACCGAGGAGUGUCUGUACGAGGCCUUAACCCACUUCCUCAAACCCACGAGAGACGCUGACAAGUGGGAAAAAAUUGUCGAAAAAUGUUUAGCCUUUUUCCAGGAAAUUAUCAAAAUGGAAACGGUGGGAGUCGUUGACGCUCUGAGUGAGGAGAAAAGGGCGCGUCUUGUCGAAACUUUGGCUAAAAUUGUUUGUAAGCAAUUGAAUACGGAAAAUGCGACUAAAAUUCCACUGGGGUGCAUUACACCGUGGAUUUUGUUGCAUUUUAUUCUCGUAAGGGAGGAGCACAGGCAACAGGCGAGUAAACGCGUUCCGCAUGUCAAAACCGACAAAAAUGAAAAUUUCACUGAAUCGUCUGAUGCGCAAAAUGAGGAAUUGCCACCCUCUGUAAGCAUUCUCUUCUCAGCGCAUGAAUUUCUAGGUCCAAAAGGGUGGUGUUUGACCGGAAACGGUGAACUCCUCCACUUCAUCCUGGACACGAUCCUGGACCGCUUGGACACCCCCAUUUUCGAGCCCCUGCGCGACAAAAUCGACAUUCACAUCGAGCAGGCCCUGUUCUGCCUCUACCAGCACCCCAGCAAGAAAAACAAAGUGUCGCGCCAUCUGGCGGAUCACAACGUCGACCCGCUGCCUCUCACCUGGGAGCGGGCCUUCCAACUGUACGACUUCUACGGCCCUGACUGCCUCCCCGAGUUCAACUCGUACCGAAACGCCUCGAUCUCGUCCGAUUUGGAGCAACUUCUUCAGCGAAUCAUCGCUCUGGUGCCCCCGGCCAUGGACCCGCAGCCGCUGCUGCCCAAACUGACCGAGUUUAUCCAAGGCAAGACGACGGAAUUGCCCGAAACGGUCGAUUUUUCGAAUAAAGUGCGCGCGAUUUAUUACUUGAUUGGCGAUUAUUACUUCAAACAGCGGGAGUUUAAUCGGUGUUUGAAGUAUUUCAUGAUGGAUCUCUGCAUAAAUCCGAGCCGUCUCGAUUCGUGGGCUUGCAUCGGUCUGAGUUAUUUGAGUCAGUUGGAGAAUAGGCUCAACUAUUGCAAAAAAUUGAAAAGCGAGAUGGAGUUUUUGGAUAAGGCCAAGUGUGCGCAAGUUAGUUUUAGGAAAGCGCUGGAUUUGGAGAAAGACCAUAUUAUGUUGUGGAUUGAGUUUGGGUCGUUUGAGUAUAUGGUGCAUUCGUUCUGUUCGAGGGUUAUGAAGUCUGAGUCGGAUACUUUGAGUAUGGAACGAUUCGAGUACUUGGAGAACCAGAAAAAUAGUUACUUGGAAAGUUCGGGUCGUAGUUUCGAGAAAGCGAUCCAGUUGUACCAACCCGAUGAAGCUGAAGCGGACGAACGUUGGUUGCAAUAUUACAUUUUGGGGAAAGUUGCCGAGAAAAAACAGCAAGAACCGAACGAGUAUUUGAAGUAUUAUGCCACUGCGAGCAAACUAUUGCAUGAAAAUAAGGCGCUGUACCCAGACAAAAUCAACUAUCACAACCCCCAACAUUUAGCAGUUGAGGCCCUCGAGCUGCACUACCGCAUAAAUGCCUCAAUUUUGAAAUAUUUAGAAUUGCACGAAGGCAAAGACAUUCCGAAUUCCAUCGGGAAUCUUUUUAAAGAACAUUUGGAAAAGUCAUAUUUCCCGAAAAAAAAUUUAGUCAAACAGAACGUUAUCCCCAACCAAAAUCCUACCCCCAAACCAACCGAUUCCGAAAAAAUCACGAACGAAGAAGUGCUGAAAGAUGUUAAAAAUUGUCUAGACGACAUGUUGACGAAAGUCGAUCAAAGUGUAAAGGUAGUGUCAGCUAAAAAAGUGGACAACGAGAAAGAAACAGAAGCGAGUGAUGUUAUUAUGAUUUCGGAUUCUGACGAUGAACAGCCCAAGAAUCCCGUCGUGGAAGAAGUGGCGACAAAACCAGUCGGAGACAACGUUCAGGAAUUUCUCGACAAAAUGAUGGAAGAAACUAUGAAGACAACCGAAGAACAGGAACCCGAUUCUGACACCAGUAUUACUAGCAAAAAUGUAAUCGAGGUGAAAGUCGAAGAAAGCAAGGAAAAAGUUGAGGCGAAAAUUAAAAGCGGGAGCGAAACUGAGACUGAUAUUAGGACAUCAGUGGAUGAGUCGAGUAGUUCCCCGAGUAGCUCAACUAGUAGUUCUAGCAGUUCCGACUCUGACAGUGAUGACGACAGUAGUUCAUCAUCAACAUCGUCAUCAUCGGAAACGACAAAUGGAAACAUGUCUAGUAGCGAAAUUCUGGCUUUGGUUGACCGUUGCAUAAUUGGUUUGGAACAAUGCAUAAUUCGCCUACCUCAGAAUUACAAGGCUUUGUACAGACUGGCCCACUUGUUCUACAACUACAAAACAAAAAAAGAUCUCAACAAGUGCAAACAAUUGCUUUUGGGUGAAUACACAUGUAAAGGCGGAGUUGUAAUAAACGGGUUAUUUUCGGACCGCAAAAACCACAAUUUUUUCAAUGGCAUUUGGCGAAUUCCCUCGAGUGAAAUCGAUCGUCCUGGAUCAUUAUCGGCCCAUAUGAGUCGUUGCAUAACACUGCUUUUGCAGAUUUUACGAGCAACUAACGAUAAUAAAUUGCUCCUGGACUUGUCGAUGCAAUUCCGGAAAACUCCAGAUCCGGACAAAAUUUACAUUAAAGAUUCCGAGAGAAUACAAUUUGCGGAUCAAGCCAUGGCCAUGUGUAUUCAGUGUUUGAGGUCUCAGAUACAGAACGUCCCUAAUAUGACCGAUGCCGCCGUUCAGCGAUUGUUACAAGAUAUUUUCCGGUCGUAUCAAAGGGUACAGAAGCACGAAACUAGCAAAGAGGGAACGUUUAGUUCAAUGCUGACCGAGGUUUACAAGAAAAUGAAGAAGGAUAAGAUGCCGGAUAAUGCGAACGUGUUGGAUUUAGCGACGAAGUUCUGCCAACAGAACCGUUUGGUGGAAAAACAAAAACGCCAAAUGCAAAGCCAACAAGCCGCCCUGCAGCGAGUCCCGGGACUGCCAAAUCCCCCGGUUCUGCCAACCCCUUCAACAAUAAACCCCACAACCCAGCCGCCUCUGAAGCGACCUGGAGUCGGGAGACCUCGUGGCCGUCCGCCUUUGCCGAAGGUCCCCGGACAAGCCCGAGUGCCCCGAGGCCGGAGCCCGAACGUGGCCACGAACCCCUUCUCCUGGCAGAAUGCCACUUACAAUUAUCUCAAACACUACCAAGAAGAGCUCAUUAAACAAUACAGCCAGAGUCUGAGUCUCAGUCAAUUGACUCAACUGAGCCAAUACUUGACUCAGACUCAGAACCAGUUUGCGAACGCUUUGCUUCAAAAUCAGUUCAGUAACCAGUUCAUGGGUGGCAUGCCUAACACGAAUUUGUUAAAACAAAUGAGCUCGAGUCAGUUCUUGCCCUCACAAAUGGCAGAUGUCAAAAGCGGUUAUAGCAAGAAGAAGGGUGAGACUGCGGUUCCGCCAACUGGAUUAAACCUUGAUUCGCUUAAAUCGUACGGUGGUUUGGAAAUUUCGCCAAAAACUAGUGGCUACAGCAAAAAACAAUUGCCACAUACUGUAACAUCAGCGGCACAGCCUGCUACGAUUACGAAAGUUAAACCAACGGCACCGUCCAGUCUUUACAACGUUGGUAUGCCAACGAAUCAGCCACAACCAAUCAAUUUAGGGAACAAGAAAGCAGCGAUUACACAUUCGGUCACUUCGAUGAGUCAGGUCCCGGUGACUUGUAAAACAAAAUCGAUUUAUACACCGAGUGCUUUCAAAAAUACGUACAUCGGAAGUACAAAUUAUUCGGACGUGGCCAAAUUGAGUAAGUCGAGCGCUGUGACGAAAACUACGCCCAGUUCGCAGAUUUUUAAAGAACCUAUGUUGGCAAAAGCACAUUCGAAUUUACCUCAUCACAAAGUCAUGGAUAAGGCAGCAAACAUUCUCAUGAAGGAGCGGCCAAAUAUUUCGAUAACGCCGGUAUUGCAGAGUUCUAUACCGCUGAUAACGACGUCGUCGUUCUUGACGCCUCCGAAUCAGAGUCCGGGGAAAACCCUGCAGGAGAAAUUGGCCGAUAAGCAAAAACAGCACUCGACGAAGCAGUUGGGUCGACACAUCGAAGCGGAGAUUAUAAGUGCGCCAAUGGGGGGCGCUGCCAUGAAGAAAAGUCUGAACAUUCCGAGUAUUCCGUCACUGUCGGUCACUAAGCCCAGUUAUAAGUUUCCGCUGGAUUCGGGGAUUUCCAUAAGUCAGAUUCCGGUUACCCAACCCUAUAAGGAACCCCUCAGUUUACAGCAACGCAAAGAACUGCCACCUAAAGUUACUAAACAUUCAAGUCAAGUUAAUCUACCACCCAAUCUACCACUAUCCUUGAGUUUAACAAAAAAAGCAGAGAAGAAACCACCACCGGAUGAUGAUGUCAUAAUAAUCGAAUGACCUACUUUCUUUAUUUUUAAGGGCAAUUAAUUCAAUAUUUGUGUUAUUAUUUUUUUUUAAAUAAAUAUUUAUAAUGUG